UUCAUGCCGGGCAAGAUGGCGGCGAUACGGUGUUAUUGCCAGUGGACAUAACAAGGCAUUUUAUUCAAAAUAUAUAGCCAGCCAGAUAUUAGUAUAGACUCGGCCGUGUUGUGUGUGUAUUUAUCACGUAACGUACGUCGAGUAUUUAAUUGGAUAAGUUUCAAUAAUAAUUUUUCUUUCAAAAUGUUCACGUUGUAAAUUGCUCGCUUACCGACCAGCUGGCUAACAGAGAGCAGUUACUAGCUAGCUAGCUAUCUAUCACAGCCAAGCCGCCGAGAAGUGUAGAAUGGGAGAAAAGCUGGAGCUCAAGCUCAAAUCGCCGGUUGGAGCAGAACCUGCUGGCUAUCCGUGGCCAUUACCAGUAUACGAUAAACACCAUGAUGCUGCUCAUGAAAUCAUCGAGACCAUUCGGUGGGUGUGUGAGGAAAUCCCAGACCUCAAACUUGCAAUGGAAAACUAUGUACUCAUUGACUAUGAUACAAAGAGUUUCGAGAGUAUGCAGAGACUUUGUGACAAAUACAACAGGGCCAUUGACAGCAUCCACCAGCUGUGGAAAGGGACCACCCAGCCCAUGAAGCUAAACAAGCGUCCGUCCAACGGGCUGCUGAGACAUAUCCUACAGCAGGUGUACAACCACUCUGUGACUGACCCAGAGAAGCUGAACAACUAUGAACCCUUCUCCCCUGAGGUUUACGGAGAGACCUCCUUUGACCUGGUGGCUCAGAUCAUCGAUGAGAUGGAAAUGAUGGAAGAUGACACUUUUGUUGACCUUGGCAGUGGAGUGGGGCAGGUGGUGCUACAGGUUGCAGCAGCAACCAACUGUAAACACUACUACGGUGUAGAGAAAGCAGACAUUCCAGCUACCUAUGCAGAGACUAUGGAUAAAGAGUUUAAAAAGUGGAUGAAAUGGUAUGGGAAAAAACAUGGGGAGUACACACUGGAGAGAGGGGAUUUUCUGUCUGAAGAAUGGAAAGAAAGAAUCGCCAACACAAGUAUUAUUUUUGUGAAUAACUUUGCCUUUGGUCCAGAAGUAGAUCACCAGCUGAAGGAGCGCUUUGCUAACAUGAAGGAAGGGGGAAAAAUUGUGUCCUCCAAACCUUUUGCACCUUUAAACUUUAGAAUCAACAGUCGAAACUUGAGCGAUAUUGGCACAAUAAUGCGCGUGGUGGAGCUUUCUCCACUGAGGGGCUCGGUAUCAUGGACGGGAAAGCCGGUUUCUUACUACUUGCAUACCAUAGACCGCACCAUACUUGAAAACUAUUUUGCUAGUCUCAAAAAUCCUAAACUCAGGGAGGAGCAAGAGGCAGCUAGACGGCGUCAGCAGAAGGAUACGAAGGACAGUAAAAGCAAUAGCACCACUCCAACUAAACCUAAGGAGCAAAACAAGGUAUUACAGCAGGACUCCUGUGGUGAGGAGGAACGUCCUAGCAUAGUGACAGUAGUCAAGCCCUCUGCCAAACCCCGAAGAGCCCGGCUUUUAUCUAAAGGUCGUAAGCUUAACAAUAAGAAACGCGGCCGACCCAAGAAAGCUACACCUGCUGCUGAGAAGAAUAAGAAGAACCAGAGCGCAUUGGAUUUGUUGCACGCCAAGACCCUUUCUGCGGCACCACCUCAGGAUGCAUACCGGCCACCUCAGAGUACCUUCUACCAGCUACCUCCCAAGGUCCAGCACUAUACGCCCAAUCAACUGCUGCUGAGCCCAACUCCUCCUGGUCUGCAACAACUGCUAGAUAACAUCAAAGUCCAGUACCUCCAGUUUAUGUCCUACAUGAAGAGUCCUCAGUAUCGUUCCAACCUGCAGCAACUUUUAGAGCAGGAAAAGCAAAAACACAGGGACUUGUCAGGACAGGCGGAGCAGCUCCAACUGGUCUGUCAGUCUCACAAAGACAAGAUCAAAGGUCUCUUUCAGACCAAGCUGGAUGAGCUUGGAGUAAAAGCCCUGACAGUAGAAGACCUUCUUCAAGCCCAGAAGGAAAUAUCGGCCCACAAUCGUCAACUAAAAGAACAAACAAAGCAGCUUGAGAGAGACAUGGCCUUACUGAGAGACAACAGCCUGCUGCUGUUGAAGUCUCGAUGUGAGGAGCUAAAGUUAGAUUGGGGCUCUUUAUGUCUGGAGAGUUUGUUGAAGGAGAAGCAAGCACUGCGCAGACAGAUCUCUGAGAAACAGAAACACUGCUUAGAAUUACAGAUCAGCAUUGUGGAGUUGGAAAAAACUCAAAGGCAACAGGAACUACUUCAGCUCAAAUCCUACAGCCCUUGUGAUGAUUCCCCAUAUAGAAAAACGCUGGAGUCUCGCACCUCCACAGACGUGGACUCCUCCAAGCUUGGCCUGCCCUCAACCCAAGCUGUCAAUGGUGUUAGCCCAGAGCUUUCCAUCAAUGGCACCAGCUCACCUUGUUAUGAUCGGGCUAACACAAAGAGUGAGCUUUCUCGCUAUCUGCCCAUCUCCCCAGACCAUGAGAUUGCAACUGCCACCCCUGAUGCUCGACAGCGCCAGCAAAGCUCCUCCCACGCACUUCCUGACUACACACGCUUCUCCCCUGCCAAGAUUGCCUUGAGGAGGCACCUUAACCAAGAUCCCACAGCGUCUGCUCACUUGAGGAGUCCGGGGCUGACCACACACAGGGAGCUGGGGGGUGUUAACUCUCCACUUGGAGCCAAACAAAACUGCCCUUCUCCUAAUGCAGCUGAUGCUCAGAGUAAUCUGAAAAGCUCAGAGAGGGUUGGUAAGGAGAAGAGUCCAUCUGUUCACGGGGACAGUAUCACAAGCCUUCCUAUCAGCAUCCCUCUGAGCACUGUCCACCCGAGCAAAUUACCAGUUAGUAUCCCACUGGCCAGCGUGGUGUUGCCCAGUCGUGCCGAGAGACUGAGAAAUACUCCAAGCCCUGUGUCUCAGGCAAGUCAGACCAAUGGAUAUUCAUCAAGCUCAUGGCUAAUGAACGGAGGUCCUCAUCCUGAGGACCAUAAUGGUGCUUCUUCAUCACCACCUCCCCACAGCAACACUCCUUUGACAGGACCAAUGGGCCGAGGGGGUCCCAUCCAGAGCCCCCCACUCAGUACUGGAGGGGUGCUCCAAUAUGCUGAUGGACCUCCGAGGAUUCUUCCAGAAGAUGGACCAGACCACCAAGGAGGGGAGUCAGACACAGAACCACAGGACGGUGAACUGCGGAGGAGAAUGUUCUUCUCUUCUUCCUCCUCUUCAUCCUCGUCUUCCUCUUCGUCAGGCAGUGGAGGCAGCAUUGCUGGAGGAUCACGCCUCCAUCAUCACACUGGCAACUCAGGCAAGCAGGGAUACCACAAUAACCAUGGAAACCACCACCACCAAUCACCCAGCACACAGCACACACACACACCCACACACACGUCAUCAUCGCAAUCCUCCCACAGCCUGGGCUCUCAGGAGGGGCGCAAGAGAGGAAGAAGGAAACGCAGCUCUGCAGGGCCUGUCAUGGCCACCGGAUCCCCAAAGAGGAGGUCAUUCCCUGGACUCAACUCCAGCAAUCACUCCUCAGGAUCACCUCUCAACAUUAACUCCAUGGUAAAUAAUAUCAACCAGCCUUUGGAAAUCUCUGCUAUCUCCUCCCCUGAACAAUCAAGCCGAAGCCCCAAUGGUCCUGACCUGGACCAGCCCCCUAUAUUGAAGAGAGAGCGCCCUCUUGAGCUUAAUGGCACUGGACGAUAUUCGACAGCUCCCAGUUCUGAUGAUGAAGACUCUGGUUAUCCUGCUGACAGCUCAAGUUCUCGAAUUGAAAGAAAAAUAGCCACUAUUUCCUUGGAGAGCAGAGAUGGACCUGGAAGACUAGGUGAUGGUGAACGAGGCAGGAAAUCUGGUAGCAGCAGUGGGAACAGCACAUGCAGUGAGGCCUCCUCCUCAUCAACUUUGACCUCUACCAGCAAGUGGAAAUCUACCUUUUCACCCAUUUCCGAUCCCAAGCAACCCAACUCCGACCUGCGACAGGGGGGUUCUCCAUUCGGCAUGGGAGGGUCGAGUCGGGGCACAGACUCAGAUUCAGACCACAAGCAACAGACGGGGAGGAAAGGGAGUGAUGGGGAGUCGUCCAGCUACAUGGCCCCCAACCCUUUCCUUAGUCAGGAGGCAGGGACUCGGUGUGGAGGCGGUGUUGGUGUCCAGGCAGGGAGUGGCUCAGACCAACGCCAAGCCCUCCAGAAGCAGAAGGCUUCUCGUGACUGGGAGCUGAAGACCAGCAGCAGCAUGGCCAGCCAAAAUCUUUUCAUUUCUGCUGCUGCCAGCAGUGGAGCAGGCAUUUUAAGUGGGAAGGUGGGAGGCAGUCCUGUAGCAGUUUCUUCAACCACUGGGUCGUCUGUGGGACAGUACCUGGGGUCCCAGUUCCCACUAGGAGGGACCUCAGUCUUACAAUCGUUGUUUGGGGCCCAGACAGGUGUUUCCACUGUGAGUGGGCCCUCCAGGCUUGUCAACGGACAUUCUGCCCUGGGAAGUUUCUCCAGUGCUGGACUGGCAGGGGGAGCAGCCGGAGGUAUAUUUCACCACGUGGUUCCCACAGUGUCCUCCCAUCAGUUUGGGGCAACGCUGCCCACCUCUGGAGGCCUCAGCUCUCUGCUCAGUCUCUCCUCUUCCUCUACCACCUCCCAAACCCAGCAACACACCACUCCUCAGCCAGCCUCCACACGCCUGACCUCUGUGUCCUCACCUCUCCCCCUCUCCCUGUCCCAGGCCCAACAAAGCCGCACACAAUCAGUCUUGCAUAGCCCUUCUCCACCCACGCUCUCCCUGCCCCCUCCACCACCCCUGCACAGCGUCCCAUCUUCCUCUGCAGCCACUCACUCUGACACCCUAGCAUCCUCUCGAUCAGACCCCCUCCAUUCUUCGCGUCUGUCCCAAUCCUCUUUUCACCACCAGAGAGCGCAGUCAUCCCUCUCACUCCCCAUCUCAUCCACCUCUUCAGCUUCUGUCUCUACCGUUGCUGCUGCUUCUGCCUCCCUCUCCUCUUCCUCUCUGUCAACCUCCUCCUCGUCUCGUCCAUUUGCAGUGCACUACUCACCUCGCCUGCCGCCUCCACUACCAGCUAACAGUUCAGGUGGUGGCGGGAACAUGUGGAGGACUCAGGGCAUGCAUGGUACCUACGCCACCUCCCAAAUCCCUGGCUCCCGGCCUAGAUAGGGUUUGGGUGAGAGGGGAAGGGGGGGAGGGGAAUGAGAGGAAAGGGCGAAAGGCAAUCAGAGGGUGGAUAGAGGGCGAUAGGAAGUGAGAGAAAAGGAUACACAUUUUCCAUGUGAUUCUUCAAGAUGUUGUUCUGAUUAAACAAGGUAAUUGAUGAAAACUACCUCAACACUGAAUAAACUAUGCAAAUGUGCCAGUGUGGACCAAGGCACUCUCCUCAUUCACUGGUGCUUCAAACCAUCUGCACUACCCAACCGCCUCCAAGACCGGCCUCUGUACUUGGAUAUUUAAAACACACACACACGGACACACACACACUCGCACUAAUUACCACUAUGGUCACCUUGAGCAGAAUUCAUAGGGUACUGGUCAUGUUUAUGUGUGGUGUGUCAAAUGUUGUUUUGGAGAUUUUAUAAUCUGGGAAUCAGCUCUUAAUAAACUUAAUUAUUGUCCGUUUCAUUUAAAGGUGCUCUAAAAUAUGAUACUUAGACUUUGUUUUUAGUCAAAGUCACAACAAUCAGUAUCAAUGAGCUCAAUAAAUAAAUUAAUUUAAAUAAGAUAAUGGGAUAUAUGGAUAAACAACAGACUAACAGAAGUGUACAGCUCAGAAAGAUGCACACCAUUCACCUUUUUUGACCUGUAACCCAUCAGGCGAAACUCUCUCCAGUUUAAUUUGUGUGUAUAUGCUAAAAAAAACACACACACAUACCACAUCCAGUUUACUGAACUCUGCUCAGAUGUCAUGCAGCUUUGCCUUCUGCACGCAUCCUCUCAAGAUGAGGAACUUUUGCUCAUAACGUCACACUGGAUAGUAAGAUGCAGUUACUCGGGUAACGACAGAUGUACACGUCCUGGCUGAUAGUUUACACCCCUUGUAAUGUUGAUGAUAUGCUUCACGUUUACAUUUAAGAAAACUCUGAACAUUGAGUUGCUGGUAUGAUGCGUCAUUGCGUAACUAAAACAGAACAAGGACUGAAAAAUCUGGAAGAAUAUUUGCAGAUCUCCAACAUCUCAAUGUUUUGAUCAUUUUCCGAACAAGGUAAAUAGUAACAUUUCAAGGAGUGGCAAUAUUUCUGAAGUGUUUAACAUGUUUUAAUCUUUAAAAAGUAAGAUGAAAUUCAUGUAAUAAGAUGGUGCUCUGUGACGUUAUCGGCUGCACUCUUGUCGAGAUCUAUGUUAAGAGUUGUGGCUACACUGCUCUAAAGGUGUAGUGAAAAGCUGAAAACAGGUGUAAAAGAAUCAGCUAGUUUCCAUAUUUAUUAAGUUUCUUCUUCAGUCAGUUGGGUAAGUUACACUACUAUUUGAUAUAUUCUUCCAGCAGGAUUUUAAAACUUGUCUAAAGCUAAAUUUAGUCCUGUUUGUCUUUGCUGUUGAAAGAUGCAGGUUGAAGCAAAUGAGGAAUUAACUGCAUUUAGUUGAUGUAAACACACACACGCGUACACACCGUCAAACACAACGUUCUCACACACUGGGAAAACACAAUUAACCAUAACCACAAGAAACUACUGGACUCCACACCUUUUGGUUUGCUUUUUAAGUGUGUAAUUUGUUUUGUAAACUGUUUGUACUGUGAAUGUGAUUCAUUUUCUGACUGUAUAGUUGUGGAUAAUUUAGAUGAUUAUAUUUAUGCUUUCAGUCUCUCCAUCUUGCCUUGUUUUUUCACUUUUUGUAAAAACGAAAAAAUCCUGAAUUGUUGACAUAGUAGAAUGCAAUAGUGUAUGUACUUGACUCACAGUCUGAAAACAAUGGUGCUACGUUUGGACUGUGCCUGAUCUUAUUUAUUCUGUUAUGACAUCAAAAAUCAAUUUGAAUACUUGGUGCUGUACACAGGGACAUUUGUAAAGCCAUUUUUUGGCCUUUCUCAUAUUUAAUAUGCUGUGUCUCACAAUUUGUUUAGUGUACAACUGUAGACACCUCCUUAUAAUGACAUGCUCUCCAGGAGCUGGUUCUGAGUCUGAAUAAAUAGGUAUCAGGGCCCCUCUUGAUGUUUUUCACAUAGACGUUUUACACAUGUCAGCUUUGCUCUCAAGUAAAGCUGCUUAUCUCUUAGUGAACAAGACACUGUUUUUGUACCUAAAUUUUUUUCUGUUGUAUGUCUCCAUCAUAAAGUUAUAUAAAAUAUGUAUCUAUAUACAGGCUAUAUGAGUAUAUAAAGAUAUAUAUAUAUAUAUAUAAAAUAUAAAUAUAAAAUAAGUGAUAAAGGGUGUUUUGGUGCUCGCAUUGUGACCCUUAAAUUCAGCCUGUUAAACAGGAGGCUUGAAGCCAAGCAGAGCAAAGCAUUGCCACCACAGGACCUUAAUAGACAGCGCCUAACAACACGCUAGCACCUGAACCCUCGUGAUGUACACAAACCAGAACAAGCAACUCUGAAGCUGUGUGUAUUAAACGCACACAUGGGUGCUGUGGCUUGAACACAACUAGAUCCAGCACUAGAACUGUUAAUGACUUUUAUCAGGUUUCUUCAUGUUUUUUUUUUUUUUUUUUUUUUUUUAACCAACCCAGUUCCUGCAGGAAAAAAUGGUGCUUCUGUUUGAGUCUUUACAAACUAAAUCCUUGCUGGUGCUUAAAGAAACGUGUCAGCGGCUUCUCACACACAGUCUCUUACAGACGAGGCAGUACCUUGUCACACGAACAUGCAUAGUUGCUACAGACUUGCUGAUGUAAAACACUUGUCUUACUGUGUGUGUGUGGGGGAGCAGCCAGGCUUCCUUUUAUUCUGAUAGUGGGAAUACACUUAAGCUAAGUUGUGGGUGUGCUUUUUUUUUCCUCCCCCACUUGCCAGUGCAUAUCUAAGGGAAGAUUAGGCAAAUAAUCAAAGCUUUAUUGUAAAAACAAAAAAAAGAAAAAAAACUUGUCCUGUGCACUCCCUCUCCUAUGUAAACGGAAAUGUUUUUCUUCUCCCCUGCGAGUGUUAAAAUGAUAAAGGAAAUCAUUUUAGAACGUAAUUAGAGACUAGUCCAUUUGUUACCAGCACUGAGAGGUAUUUUGUAAUUAUUGUUGAUGCUGUUUUGAUUUUCUUAUUCUUGGUGUUUGAUACAAUUACAUGUUAUGCUUUUUAUUGUGUCCUCAGAUUCCUGUCAGUUUUUAAUGCUACUAGUCAGACGGCACGGUGCUCUCCUUCACUUAAAACAAGGAAAUCGCAGCUAUUGACAAAAACUACUCUUCUUCUGUUGUGCUGCAGGGUUUUAUGGUUUCAUAGUCUUUAACACGAGCUCCGCUGGCUCUUCUGGUAGUCCAGGCUAACCCUCAGAGCUGUCUCUUUUCUGGGGGCCCACUGUGGUGCAUGUGCAAGUAAGAGGAGUUUGUAGAAAGGGGGAACAUUGCUCAGUACAGAUUUCAGACAAUUUUGUAGUUUUAUGAGUCGAAGAAGUUUUUUGUGAUGUGAUUUGAAUUUAAAGCUAUGCAGUUUUCCAGCAUACUGCGUCCUGGUACAUUACUGGUAGAUAACCUGUGAGAGCCUUGCAGUCAAGGCUGUUUACUUUAAAUCCUGCCAAAGGUCUUAACUCAGGAACCUCCCAGAUUGCUUGAAAUUAUUUUGACAAUUUUCUAUUAACUACUCCAUGUCACACUUAUUUAGUCCCUCUAGAAACCUAACUCAGGACCAGGACUCCCCCUCUCAGUAAUCAUAUUCCACUAUAAAUUAGUCAGCUGCCUUUUCAGGCCUCCUCAGACUGACUCCUACUGGCACAUACAUCCAGCCUCUUCAGGGAAGUCGAGCUUUAUGAAUCGGUGUAAUCUCAAGAAGCUGUGAAAUGGCUACAACUUUCAGCAUCUUCCUCAUCUCACAAAUGCCUCUGUCUCGAUUUGUGUCACUAGGGAAGGAGGUUCAAUGUCCUUUGUCAGGAUCCCCAUGAGUUCGGUGUGAGUGGGUGGCGGGACUGACAGUAAAAGGACUGAUAGACCUACUGUGUGUGUGUAGUGAUCUCUUGGUUGGUGAAGCCAGGGCAGGUUUGAGGUGCAAUAAUGGCAAACCUACUUUCCAAAUGGCCCUGGAUUUUUCAUGGAAAAAUUGUUACAUUUUGAUGUUGGUGCUUUUAUCCUAAGAUGUUAUAAUGAAACAAAUGGAAUUAAUGGUAUUUUGUUUUUGUUUUUUUUUCCCUCAGCGUUUUAUGAUUAUUAAUAAAAAUGUUUUGUGUAA